CGUAAUUCAGUUACUUUAGCAACGGUAUUAGAGUUAUUGUCUAUCGGUAGCAUAUUAGGAUGUGAAAUCGUAGUUGACAAAUACUAACAGAACUAAUUUAAAUUAUUAAACGUUUUUUGCCUUAUUUUUAUUACGUAUUUAGACUAUGGUGAAAAUUCGUCUAUGUUUAUGAUACGGCACAUACAGCUGCUGAAGGUUGGUCUUUAACAGUUUGAUAUUGUCACUGGAAAUCGAACUUUAUUCAAAUUGUCGGACGCUUUCAUGUUAUUUUCGUCGUUCGUCGUCUUCAGAUACUAAACGCUCAGCUCAGGGAUAAACUUUUUCUUGAUGUGUUAACUCCAUGAUCGAUAAGUGUACAAGGUAGAAAUGGUAGCGUUUAUAUAGAAAGAAAACAAUAAUAAUUAUAUCUGUAGCUCAUCAUAUGGCUAUUUAGAAAAAUCUUUUUUUAAUAUUAUUCAAAAAUACCAACCUUGUGAUUUUAUUUCUAACUCUUAGUACGUAAGAAAAAUGUACAUUUUAGAUGUGUUGCAUAUAUAUAUAUAUAUAGGAUUUAAUUAUGGUAGAGAAUAUGAUUUCUUAGUUUAGUCUGCCACAGAAAAAUCACAAGAUCAAACUGUAAAAAGUGGAUAUGUGGCUAAUUUUGUGUAAAAAAUAGUGGGUUUAAUCGAAUUAUUAUGCAAUAUUUAUAUUUGUGACGAUAAUCUAUAUAUAUAGCAAACAUAUGUAAAGUCAUGAGUUGUAAUAAUUUUUUUAUGGGAUUUUUUAAUGAACUGCCAGUUCAUAAUGAAGACGAAUAUCUGCGUCAAUGCUUCAAUAACUUUGAUGAAAACAAGGACGGAGGAUUGGACUUACAAGAAUUUAAUGCACUAGCAAAAUCUCUUCUUACAGAUUCUAAAGGAGAACCUUAUUAUUUAACUUCGUCUAUGGUGUCGGAUAUGUUCUGUGUUUUUGAUCAGAACAAAGAUGGCAAAAUUGACACAGAAGAAAUGAAAAUAGUUUGGUAUGACUGGAUAAAAGUUAUUGUUCAUCCAGUCAGUGCUUUGUUGGUCAUUGAUGUUCAAAACGAUUUUAUUUCUGGAACAUUAGCUUUACGUCACUGCCCUGCUGGCCAUGAAGGCGAAGAGAUCGUUCCUGUGAUAAAUAAUUUACUGAAAUCUGUUAGGUUUGAGAGUGUGGUCUAUUCGGUAGAUUGGCAUCCUGCUGAUCAUAUUUCCUUUUUUGAAAAUUUCGAAAAUCGAAAAAUUAAGCACCUGAAUAGCAUACCAAGUAGAGAAGUCAGACUAUUUGACGAAGUUGUUUUUGACGGAUCUCCACCAACCAAACAGAAACUUUGGCCACGACACUGUGUGCAGAAUACUUGGGGUGCAAAAUUGCAUCAGGAUCUUAUAUUGAUUGCAGAUAAUGUCAUGAUUCAUAAAGGAAUUCAUUCAAAGAUCGACAGUUAUUCGGCUUUUCGUGACAACCAAAAGAUUUCUGAAACAAAGUUACAGACAGAACUUAAGGCGAAAAAAGUGACAGACGUUUAUAUUUGUGGUUUAGCAUAUGACGUCUGUGUCGGUUUUACAGCUAUAGAUGCUGUAGAGUACGGAUACCGAACGGUGGUAGUAGAAGAUGCCACAAGGGGAGUAUGUCCUAAAGGAAUUGCCGCCACUCGAGAAAAGCUGGUAUCUCACAACUGUGUAAUCGUCACUCAUGAUAAAGUUCAAGAUAUGGUAAAAGGCUUAGAUCGUCGACCAGAAUUGGCUUACCAAACGGCCAUGGCUUUGACCAAACCUGCACUGACAAAUCAUAGUUGAGUGAUUUUUGUCAUUAUGCUUUUUUUUUUCUAUUUUCAGUCCAUGUAUACAUUAGAUUUCAUUAAUAUUUUAUAUAUUUAUUUGUAUGCUAGUGUCAAAAUCAGUUGUACCGAAAUGAUUAAACGUACUUAUUCAGUUAUUGUACUCUUCCUAUGAUAUAAAAGUAAAAUUGAAAACUGUUAGUGUGAAAAAAAAUAUAUAUAUAGUUUUUAUUUAUAUAACUAGUAUAAUAAUAGAAAUACUGUUAGUAACCUCCUCAGAGAAGAUAAUCUAUACAUUUUGACGCAAAGUCCUUUACUCCUAAGUGAUUAUAGGUGCCCAUCAACUUUUCAAAUAGAGGCCCUGCUGUAGUUUUGACAACAAGAGGGGGAAUUUUUUAAUUAAACUUUCAACAAUGUAUGCUUGAAAUUGUUGUAAUUCUACGCAUUUCAGUCUUUAUGUCAUAUAUUUAUUUAUUUUUUACAUUCCACCCCUGUUAACGGCAUAACUGUAUUUCUUUUAUUUGCUUUUCCAAUCAGUCUUGGUGAGCUGUGAUUCGGCGGAAAUUAUAGUCUACUGCAGAAGGAGUAGUGAAUAAAAAAAUAGUUUAGGCCUUUACGUCAUUAGCGGAUUUUUUUCUCCUUUUCAGUGAAAUUGUAUAUUUUGAAGAAUAAAAUAAAAACUUGCAAAUAAAUAGCCUGUACA